UCAGAUUUUUUAAAAAGAUGUCUAGCAUGACAGAUAGUCGUCUAUUGUAAUAAAAACUGAAAUAUUAACGAUGACAGAACCAAUUCCAACAACAGAAGAAUCGAAGAAAAUUAAUGCUAUAAACAAACAAACAGUUCAUCAAAUUUGUUCUGGACAGGUGGUUCUAGAUCUUGCAACUGCUGUAAAAGAACUCGUAGAAAAUAGCUUAGAUAGUGGAGCGACAUUAAUUGAUAUUAAAUUAAAGGAUCAUGGCAAAACCUGCAUUAGUGUUAGUGAUAAUGGUAGUGGUGUUUUAGAAAAGGACUUUGAAGGAUUAGGAUUGAAACAUCACACAUCUAAACUUAGAGAAUUUUCGGAUUUAACAGAAGUAAUCACAUUUGGUUUUCGUGGAGAAGCUCUCAGUUCCCUGUGUUCUUUGUCCGAGUUAACUAUUAUUACGAGACAUGCGACUAGUGAACAUGGUUUCAAAUUACAAUUUGAUCAUGAUGGUAUAUUAGAAAAGAAAGAAGCAUGUGCAAGAGAAGUUGGAACUACUAUACAUGUUCAAAACAUUUUUAAGUGUCUUCCAGUAAGAGCAAAAGAAUUUCAGAAAAAUCUGAAAAGGGAAUAUGCUCGAGCUAUUCAGGUGUUGUACAGUUAUUGUUUGGUUUCUACUGAAACAAAGAUAACAUGUUCCAAUUCUGUGUCGGGUAAAUGUUCUAAUCUUGUAGUCAGCACUGUAUCUUCUAAUGACAUUUUGAAUAAUAUUAAUGUAGUAUUCGGUAAAAAGUCUUCUAAUGGACUUGUAAAACUUGAAUUGCUACCUCCUGAUGAAGACACAGCGCAAGAAUACAGUUUACCGAGUAAUGUAGUUGUGGACUUUGAAUGGGACUGCUAUGUUAGUAGUUGCGAACACGGUGUUGGACGCUCUACUCCUGAUAGGCAAUUUUUCUAUGUAAAUGGACGACCGUGUGAUCUCAUAAAAAUCAAUAAACUAAUCAAUCAUAUUUAUCAUAAAUACAAUAACAAACAAUAUCCAUUUGUUUUUCUAAAUUUAAAAUUAAACAAACAGUCGACCGAUAUCAAUGUGACUCCAGAUAAAAGAACUAUUUUCUGUAUACAAGAAAGUCUAAUAUUAGCAACGUUAAAAUAUAGUUUAACAACAAAAUGGGAUAAACUACAAGGAAAUUUAACUGUAAAAACAGUACCUGAAUUACAAUUACGAAUAAAAAGAGCAAUUUCACCCACGAAUACAGCUCCACUAGCAAAAAGAUUACAAACUUUACACUCUGAAUCAUACAGUGAAACAAAAGAUGAGGAAAAAUGUAAAGAAAAGAAGACUGUACAAUAUGAUGAUAAUUAUGGCAAUGAAAGUAAUGAUACACAAAAUGAUACAAGUCUGCUAAGAAGAUUAGACGAUGUAGAUAUGACAAUCAAUAUUUUAACAGUAAAACAAAAACUUCAAGAAAGUAAGAAUGUAUCACCGAAAUAUGCGAGCACAAGUACAAGAAUUAAAUAUAAAGCGAAAAUGGAAUCUAAUCAAAAUUCUCAUGCUGAAAACGAAUUGAAACGAGAACUGACAAAGGAAUGUUUUCAUAAGAUGGAGAUUAUAGGUCAAUUUAAUCUUGGUUUCAUCAUAGCUUGCUUAAACGAGGAUCUGUUUAUCAUUGAUCAGCAUGCUACAGAUGAAAAAUAUCGUUUUGAAAAAUUAAAUAACGAAACUCAGUUGAAAACGCAGAAAUUAAUUGUUCCCAAACCUUUAAAUCUUUCAUCAUUAAAUGAAACAAUAUUAAUCGAACAUCAGAAAACAUUUGAAGACAACGGUUUUUCAUUCAAUAUUGAUUCUCUGGCCGAAUGUGGGCAUCGUGUAAAUCUAACAGGUAUACCGGUCAGUGGUUAUUGGCAAUUCGGACAAGACGAUAUAGAAGAAUUAAUUUUUCUAAUUAGAGAAGGAGGUAUAGAAAAUAAAGAAAACCACAUAUAUCGUCCAUCUCGAGUAAGACAAAUGUUAGCCUCCAGAGCCUGUCGCAGUGCAGUUAUGAUAGGCACAGCUCUUAACAACAAUGAAAUGCAAAAGUUAGUAUUGCAAAUGGCACAAAUGGAGAAUCCUUGGAGUUGUCCUCACGGUAGACCAACCAUAAGGCACCUGUUAUCUUUACAUCUUACACACAAAUGA